UUGGAUGGAAGGCUAAGAAGAAAUCUGGUUUGUGUGGAGUGAUUCUAGAGUUUUUCCUCUGUUUGUGGUGCGAAGAAUCCGAUGCCAUUGAUCAUGCAUUCGCCUAAAUUGCAACGCCUCCGCACUGUCGAUCACAGUAGCUCCUCUCGACUGCGUGUUUAUCAAGCCUGGAAGGGGAGAAAUAAAUUCUACUGUGGCGGCAGAAUCGUAUUUGGUCCAGAUAUCAAGUCUAUUUUCCUCACAUUGUCUCUCAUCCUGAUUCCGGUGAUCUUGUUUUGGGUGUUUGUUGCCAAAGCGCUUAUAAUUUCGUACCACGGUGAAGGAAUUAUUCUCGUAGUUUCAUCUGCUUUACUAACUGCAUAUAUCAUAGUCCUUCUCUUUCUCACAUCUGGAAGUGAUCCUGGGAUUAUUCCCAGAAAUUCUCAGCCUCCUGACCCCGAUGAUGAUAGCUCUGGUGUAUCCACGGAUUGGGGUAGCAGCCUAAGUAGUGCACAUGGUGUACCAUUGACGAGAAAUGUAUAUAUAAAUGGGAUAGUUGUGAAGGUAAAAUAUUGUCAAACAUGCAUGUUAUAUCGGCCUCCACGAUGCUCCCAUUGCUCAAUAUGUAAUAACUGUGUUGAGCGCUUUGAUCACCAUUGCCCGUGGGUGGGACAAUGCGUUGGAAAGAGGAAUUAUAGGUACUUCUUCAUGUUUGUCUCAUCUACAACCCUCCUAUGCUUGCAUGUUCUAUUUUCGUGCUCGCUAAAUAUCAGGACAGUCAUGAACAAGCACCAAUGUACCCCGUGGAUGGCUUUCCAACAGUCACCCAUUACAGGGAUGCUCAUCGGGUAUACUUUCGUGAUUUGCUGGUUUGUUGGAGGCCUCACUAUGUUUCACUUGUAUCUAAUCUCCACAAACCAGACUACGUACGAGAAUUUCCGGUACCAGUAUGAUCGAAAAAUGAAUCCGUACAAUGCUGGGAUUUUUAGGAACUGUGUGGAUGUGUUUUGCUCUAGGACGCCACGUUCCCGGAAUGACUUUAGAGCAUUGGUCAGAAAUGAUUCGCCUAUUGCUUCGUAUACAGGCGCGACAUCAGAUUUAGAGAUGGGAAGACGGCGGGGCUUUGAUGCCGAUGAUUUUGAGGACCCAAGGAACCGGAUGGGUCAUUUGGGCAGAUUGGAGAGGUGCAGGACUCAGCCAAGACAUGAUCACUGGGAAGAAUGAAAGGGCAACUGGAGAUGACCUGAUCUUGUUACUCUCUUUCUUUGAGACGUGCACAAGAUCAGGUUGAGAAGAAGACGAAGAAGAAGAAGGUAUCAAUAUAUAUUACAGUUUUUUUUUGUUGUUGCUUGCUAUAAGAACCAUCAUUCAGAGUGGAACAAGUAAGAUUGUUUAUCUUUCUUUCUUCCUUGCAA